AGGAAAAUUUCAUUUUCCCCCAAAAUUUUCAAUUUUUUUAUUUUUCCUAUAUUUAAAGGUCCAUUAAUCAUUAAUUUACUUUAAUUUCCAAGACGGACGUGAAACCAUUUACUUAAAUGAAGUUAAUACUUUGAAUUUACAAUUUAGUUUAAAAUAAUACUACUGCUGUUAGUUAAAUUUUCCAUAUUUUAAAUUAAAUUACAGAUUUUAUCUUUUUUAUUAUCCAAUUUUCAAUCUUUAUUUUCUUCCUUCAACUUUUUCUAACCAAAACCCUAAUUUCACAACUCCUAAAAAAAAUUAUCAAACCAAGAAAAUUUACACUUUUUUUUUCAUUUCUGAAAAAUUAGUUUUCUUUGAAACUCUGUACUUUGAAGAGAGUAAGUUUGUUUAGUUGGUGUUAAUUUUCUGGGUAUUUUGUUCUGUUGUAUUUUGUAUAGAUUGUAUUUUUAUUGUGGAAUAGAAAUAAUCUUGCUGUUUAAAGUUUUCAGUUCUUGCAAAAAAAAUUAUUCUAAGUGCUUAAAAAGGUUUUAGGGGUUUUGGCUUUUCUAGGUAAUUUUGCUCUGUUGUACUUACUUGGUAAAGAUUGUAUGGUUACUGUGUUUUCUUGAUUUUCUGACAUUUCAACCUUUAAAAGAUUUGGUCUUUUGGGAUUUAAGUGCUUAAUAUUUUUCAGUGUUUUAAGGGGUUUACUUGUGAGUAUAUGAAUGGAGGACAAAGAACGGCUUAAUAGUUUUGGGGUUACUGUUAAAGGUAAUGAAACUUCUGAAAAUUACACAAUAGCCCCAAGUAAUGAAACUACCAAUGGAGCAACUACUGCAGUUUUACCUGCAAUGCAAAUGAGUGUGGCAGCAACAUCUACGGAAGUGAAGAAGAAGAGGGGAAGGCCUAAGAAAUAUAGACCAGAUGGUUCUUUAAAUACUGCGUUAUCGCCAAUGCCAAUAUCAGCUUCAAUUCCACUUUCAGGAGAUUUUUCAGGUUGGAAAAACAGUGGAAGUCACCCCGUGGAAUCUUUUCAGAAGAAGCAGAAGUUUGAUCUUGCAAUUCCCGGAGAAAGGGUGGCGUAUUCUGCUGGUGCAAAUAUAUCAUCGCAUGUGGCAUACUCUGUUGGUGCAAACUUUACACCACAUGUGAUUACUGUUAAUGCUGGCGAGGAUGUCGCAAUGAAAAUUAUUUCAUUUGCUCAACAAGGGUCUAGAGCUAUUUGUGUGCUGGCUGCCAAUGGUGCAAUUUCAAAUGUUACACUUGGUCAGCUAAAUUCUUCUGGUGGAACUUUGACCUAUGAGGGUCGUUUUGAAAUUCUUUCUCUGUCAGGAUCAUAUAUGUCUAGUGAUAACGGAGUAACAAAAAGCAGAUCUGGUGGGAUGAGUGUGUGUCUCUUGGGCCCUGAUGGUCGAGUUAUUGGAGGUGGACUUGCAGGUGUGCUGAUGGCAGCUGGUCCUGUACAGAUUGUCGUUGGAAGCUUUAUUCCUGGUCACCAGGGAGAGCAGAAUCCCAAGAAGCAGAGGUUCGAGCAUGCAGCUACUUUCGCUGCUGUUCCUGCAACUCAAACUUAUGAAGAACGAACUGACGGGGCUUACACUGGGCCAAGUACUAAUUUUACUUCUCCGACUCCCUUCCCUGGAGAGAACACGGUAUCAAUGAACUCCAUACAUAGCUCAAGAAUCUCUGCUUUAGAAAACAAUAUUUCUAUGCCUGGAGAGGAGUUGAAUGAGCGAAGUCCAUCACCAUAAUUAAUCUGAUGUUGUAUUAUGGUGUAUUCCUGUACCUUACCGGCUUAUUUUUGGCCUAUCUGGAACUUAAGGCGUACCAUCCCUUUGCGCCACAAAUAUUAAAGACAGACUUCCGUAGGAUCUACUAGGGCAUUAUUUGCUCCAAUUUAACCUAGAAGUUACACGCUUUUUGUAGUUUGGCUUUGGACUUUCAGCCAGUAGAAGCUGUUAUAUUAGUAUAUUACUGUUCUGUGGUGUGAUAUUGAAAAUUUUGCAUGGCAA